AUGUAUCAAGACGAUCAUAUUGGUUCGGAGCACUCAACUGCAACAACUAAUAUUUCGCAUUUGUGCGGUUUACGUAUUUCUGAAAGACCACAAAAAACAAGAAAAACUGGAGUUAUUUGUACCAUAGGUCCAGCAUGCAGCGAUGUGGAGACUCUCAGAAAAAUGAUCAAUACUGGCAUGAACAUCGCCAGAUUGAACUUCUCCCACGGAAGUCAUGAGGCCCACGCAGCUACUAUUAAAACAAUCAGAAAAGCUGCAAAAGAUGCUCCAUUCCCAGUCGCCAUUGCUCUUGAUACGAAGGGACCAGAAAUUCGUACCGGAAUGUUUGCCAACAAUGCCAAAGAAGUCAUCUUAGAGAAUGGGAAAAGUAUCCGAGUAUCGACGGAUCCUUCAAUGGAGUUUUCGGCUACUGCCUUUAAUAUCUAUGCUGACUACAAGAACUUACCAAAAGUUGUGACUCCAGGAUCCAGAAUUUAUAUCGAUGAUGGACUUAUCUCGUUGAUUGUUGAUAGUUGUGAAGAGAAUGCAGUUGUAUGUACUAUCGAAAAUGGAGGAGCCCUCGGAACACGAAAAGGAGUCAAUCUGCCAGGAACUGUUGUUGAUUUGCCAGCCGUCACUUCGAAGGAUAUUGAAGAUUUGUUGUUUGGAGUUGAGCAAGGAAUUGAUAUUAUUUUCGCUUCUUUCAUCAGAAAUGGCGAAGGAAUCCAGAAAAUUAGACAAGUAGGAAAACACAUCUACAUCAUUGCUAAAAUCGAAUCUGAAGAUGGUGUGAUCAAUGCUGAUGAAAUCAUUGAAGCAUCUGAUGGAGUGAUGGUUGCCCGUGGAGAUCUUGGAAUCGAAAUCCCACCCGAGAAAGUUUUCCUAGCUCAAAAAAUGCUCAUUGCAAAGUGCAAUCUUGCUGGAAAACCAGUGAUUUGUGCAACCCAAAUGUUGGAAAGUAUGAUCAGUAAGCCUCGUCCAACCAGAGCAGAAUGCAGUGAUGUGGCAAAUGCGGUGCUGGAUGGAGUCGAUUGUGUGAUGUUGAGUGGAGAAACUGCAAAAGGAGAUUAUCCAGUCGAAGCAUUGGCUAUCAUGCACAAUAUUUGCAAAGAAGCAGAAUCUGCAUUUUUCCACAUGAAACACUUUGAGGAACUUAUUCUCCAUACCAAAAAGCCAACUGGAAUGACCCAUACCACUGCCAUCGCAGCUGUUUCUGCAACCAUCACUUGCAGAGCUGUUGCCAUUAUUCUUAUCACAACAACCGGAAGAACCGCCCGUUUGUGUUCUCGUUAUCGUCCUCCAGUUCCAAUCAUUACUGUCUCACGUGACGAACAGAUCUCCCGUCAACUUCAUCUUCAUAGAGGCAUUUUCCCAGUCUACUAUCCAAAAGGACGUAUCGAAGAAUGGGAUGUGGAUGUGGAAGAGCGUGUUCAAUACGGAGUGAAUUUGGGAAAGACUCGCGGAUUCAUUCAUCCUGGUGACCCGCUUAUCGUCAUCACCGGAUGGAAACAAGGAGCCGGAUUCACAAAUACAAUGAGAAUCGUUACUGCUUCAUAA